GAUGGACAACAGCAGAGACGGCGAGCGAGGGGACAAAACCCGGGGUGGGUUGCCACCCGGGAUGGACCCGGCAACAGCUGCACUAUAUGCCCCGUGGGUGCACCAAGAGCAGGCUUUACUGUCCAACAUGUUUGGAGCAGGCAGCUUAGGACACUAUGGGGCAGCAGCGGCAGCGGGCAUCCCGGGCUGGGGUGGGCUGCCUCCUGGCUUCCCACCCUCCAGUUCCGCAGCCGGCCUGGCAAGCUUGGCAGCAGCACAGCAAGCACAACAGGCUGCAGCACUAGCUAGUCUCGGACCAGCUGCAGCUGCCUACCAGGAUCGAGCAAUGGGAGAUCAACAUUACCGGUACAACCAAAGCAGCUACAGAGCCGGGAUGAAUCCGCGUUCACACGAGGCGCACUUCUCCGAUUCUACAGCUUGGUGGAAUCUGGCCGGCUUGCAGCAGAUGGAGCUCCUGUCCCGCUUGCAAGGGGGCCUCGGGGGGAGUGGAGGGGCAGGGGCCGCUGCUGCCGCUGCUGCAGGUCUUGGAGGUUUCGGGGGCCUGCAUCCCGAACACUUGAUGAACCUGGAAAUCCUUCAAGCACAACAUGCAGCUGCCAUGGCUGCAGCCUUAGCCACAAGUAAGGCCUCAACUAGCAGUUCCAAACACUCUAAGAAUAGUAGCAGUAGUAACAGCACUAGCAGCAGUAGUAGCAAGGGCAUCACCAGUACUCUCAGCUAUAGAGGUACAUCGGCCACAACCACGACCUCGUCCUCCAGUAAAUCACGGGAGCUCUCGAGCAGCAGCAGUCGCUCAGGGCUAGAGAUCAGUCGCCUGGCCUCGUCCUCACACUCCUCGUCUUCCAACCCCAGCAGGCCGCCGAGCUACCCAUACAACUCCUCCUCGUCCUCCUCCUCCUCCUCCUCAACACACCGUUACAGCUCUCCGCUCUCUGGCCUCGAAAGUGCUUCUUCACAUCAUUCCGAGCUGGGUUCCUCAGCCAGCCUCUCCUACGGCAUUGCUAGUCUCAUUGCUGACAAACACCCGUCAUCCCAUAAGUCGCACUCGUCAUCAUCAUCAAACAAUUCCUCAUCACAAGCAGAGCGGGUUGCCGAGAAACUGGCAAAUAACGGGAGUGUGUCCAUCUCCAAGGCCAUCCGAAACAAGGAAUUAGAGAUUAUUCCCAUCUCGCCGGCCGUGAAGGGGAGCACGCAGUCGCACGGCAACACCCAGCCCCACCGGGACAAGUCGGAGCCCAAGGUGUCCAUCUCGACUGUUGGCUCGGGCAACUCCCGGCUGUCCAACGGCGUGCCGGGCAGUGGUGGGUGGCGGGAAGAGAGCGCCAGCGUUUCCAUUGAGCCCUGUGGGUCGACCGGCUCAGCCUCAGCUGACGACGCUCCGCUGAAUCUUUCUAUGAAGAGCACUGCUUCACCAAGGCCAUCAUCGAAAAGUCAUGAUAAGAGAGAACACAAGGAAUCACAUCCUAGUCCGCUGACCCUGCCUCGAAGUGGACUUCCUCCUUUAGACUUCCCUCCAGGCUUAAGUGCAGGCUUGGGUGCAGGCCUAACCCCUAGUCUAGAAGUUCUACAAAGUUUAUAUGGGCAGCACGGGGAGCCCAGGGAUGUUCUGGCCUCGAUGCAAGAAGCUCUUCAACGUCAACUCCUCGCCGCAGACGGAAAGAGAGAAGAGAAGAAGAAGAGGAGGGAAGAGGCUCACAGGCAGUCUAUUUACCAGAUGGAGGACGCCCAGGAGCGGUCACGGCAUCUUGGACGAGGAGUAUCCAAACCCAAAAAGAACACAGUUGCGUCAUUGCUGGAACAGUGUCGUGCAGCGGGCAUAAAGCCUUCAACCCUACCUCUGCCCCCCACUACCUCCAUAGCAGCCACACCAGUCACUACCUCCCCCCCUCUGCACGUUUCUUCGUUGCGCGCGGGGGACCCUAUCUCGGCAGCUUCUCCAAUUGUCAACUCCCGGUCCUCGCCAUCACCAGCGUCGCAAUCUCUUCCUCCAACAUUACUGCCUGGGCUCCCAGCAAAUCUCCCUCCGUCACUCUCGGCCUCUCUGGGGGCACCAUUACCCCCUCCAGUCGUACCCACGCCUCCCGUACCCUCCCUGUCCAUCUCUGCCAUUGCCUCCACUCAGGCCUCCACCACCUCCGAGGUUUCUACCACAAUCACUCUGACAACAACAUCCUCCCUGUUGCCCUCCACCUGCUUAACGCCUCCAAUGGACACGCCCUCUACCCCCUCAACCACCACCACCACCACCACAUGCACUGCUCCUUGCACUUCCUCCAACUCGUCCCCAUUGCCUCCCUCAGCCUCCACUUCAUCAGUGGCUGGCUCUGGCUCUGCUGCCUCCACCUCUUCCUCCUCUUCCUCCACCUCUGCCCCCCCUCCCUCCUCUUCUUCCCCUUCCUCCUCUGCUGCCACCUCCUCCUCCACCUCCUCUUCCUCUUCCUCUGCCACCAUCACAACCAACUCUUUAGCCACCUUGACCAGCCUUCCAGCCUUGUCCAAUUUACCCCCUAUACCAGGCCUAGCCACGCCACCCUUGUCAUCCGUCUCUGCAUCCACAACUCCUCCACCUCCCAUUCCAUCAGCCACCACGAUAUCCAGUCUUUCGACAGGGAUAUCCUUGACAUCCUCAUCCACACCCCCUAUAAUGGCCUCCACCCUGUCCCUGCCCCUUCCCUCUGCGCUGUCCUUGUCCUCUUCUGUGAGCAUAACAUCAGUGGCUCCUGAGACCACCAUGGCAUCACUACUCAACAAGCCAAGUGUCACCAUACACCCGACAACUUCAGCGCCAGAUGGCCACGACAGGGCAAAGUCUAAUAUGGAAAUGGAGAAUUCGGUGGACAUUGUAGCAAUCACAAGAGCCCAUGAGAAUGGGGGAGAUAAACCAGUGAAGAAGCGACAUAUGAUCACAUCGAGCAGCGUGGAUGGAAGGCUAAUCACCACCAUUAAAGCUGCAGCAACAGCCAUGGAUUCCUCAGAGCUUAGUGAUUCUGAAUCGGAUGAUGAGUCCACCUCGCUCUCCUCAAUUGAUGAGGACACCUUAAAUAACAUCCCAUCCCCUUGGCUGAAGAGGGACACCCCAGACUCACCCUCUGUUUAUGGUGACUCUCCGCCAACCAAGAAACGGAAGAUGAUAACAGAUGAAGUUUCACUUCGCGUCCCGCUUAUGUACGGGUGGCGGAGAGAGACGACAAUGCGCACAAUCACACAAUCAGGAGUUCGAGGAGAAGUAAUCUACUAUGCCCCUUGUGGCAAGCCCUUCCGGCAAUACCCAGACAUAAUGAGGUACUUGGAGAAGCACGGAAUAACGGAAGUGACGAGGGACAACUUUAGCUUUUCAAGCAAGAUACCCAUUGGAGAUUACAUUGAUGCAAACUCUCAGACACGCCAUAAUGAGAAUGAGAUAAGGGACAGAAUUCAGAAAAUUCGGGAGCAAAAAGGAUACAAACCGCAAAGAAAAAAUGAGGACGGCCGAGAUGCCCUAGAAGUGGAGGCCGAGGCCAUCCUCCGACGGUUAGAGGCCGAGGAGGAGGCUGAGAAGGCUCGGAAGGAGUACCGAGCACAGCUAGAAGAACAACAACAACUCAGCUGGCCCGGCGACUGCUUUGGACUGAUCCAACAAGAGAUACGAGAGGGAUUACAGCGCGAACAGGAAAGACUAAAGAAACAGGAGGAACUCAGGAAGGAAAAAGAGGAAUUACGGAAACAAAGGGAGGAAGAGAACCGGCAGAGACUCUACGAGCAGCUGAGAAAGGCACAGGAAAGAGAACAAGAAAAACAGAAGCAGAAGUUGAUUAAGGAACAGUUGUAUCUACAGGAGCUCAACAAACAACGUGAAAUGCUCUACACUCUUGAGCUGGAGCGAGAGAGGAGGAGAUACCAUGGAGUUCUAGUGCGCGCCAUCGAAGCGAGGAAAAGAUAUGAGGAGAGAGAAAGACGGAGAGAGGAGAUGAAGGAAGAGAAAAGGGCGACCAGAGAAAGAAAACGUGAAGAGCGCUUGCAGGCGCGGGAGAUCCACCAGCUUAUGAAGGAAGUGAAGGAGGACAUGGAGCUGACGGACCACACUGACCUGCCCGAGAUCUCCCGUCUCGAUGGCCUGAGACUGCCCCCAGAGGCAUUCGGAAACAUCCUCAUGGUUUUUGAGUUCCUGCACAAUUUCGGGGAAACCUUAGGCUUCGACAUGGAGUCGCUACCAUCAAUUCAGAGCUUGCAGAUGGCUCUCCUGAAUGAUAAUGAAAGCGAGGAGGAGCUCUUGAGUGUACUGUCUCACUUGCUUGUAUGUGCCAUUGAAGAUCCAGGAAUUCCAUCUGCACAGCGGCAUACCACCAUCCUGGGCCAGACCCUAAACAGAGCUGACAUCACGCAUGCCAACAUCUCUGAAAUCUUGAGAGUUUACCUAAAUGCCAAUGCCACAGGCGAGGUUCGCAUCAUUCAUGGCCUCCUGGGCACAGAGAAGGAGCGUCGCGAAAACCCCAAAAAGGCCCAGGAAUGGGAUGCAAAGCUGGCGGAGAUGGAUGCUUACAAGAUGUCCCAGUGGCUGAUGCACCUGCCCUUCCUCGCUCUCAAUCCGACUCAGAAGAGUGAGAUCGUGGCCUACGUGUGCAAUGAGCUCCUGCAGAACAAGGCAGUCGUGCGGCAGAUCGAAGAGUCGCUUGAUAGACACAACGGCCUCAAGACGGAGAAAUGGAAGCUGGAUGCCAGGAUUAGAAAACUGCGCAGGAGUGUUGCCCGCAAGAGAAUCUACAACGCAGCCAUGAGGUCCAUGAUGGAGCACAGGGGAGAGGACUCAAACAUGUCCAACAUCUCUGGCAUCUCAUCCUGCCAGGGAGAACAAGAGAAAGGAGAGAAGAAGGAUAAGGAAGAGGACAAGAUGAAGGAGGAGGAGGAAGAGGAGGAGGAGGAGGAGAAUGAGAGUGGCAACGAGAGCGACAACAUGGAGGAGAUUCCAGACGAGGUGCGUGGCAGCGAAUUGGAGGAUGACAAACACCUCAAUGCGGACGAUGCGUCCAAGACCCUAGAGCUCCUCCAGCGUCAGAUGAACCAGGUGCGGCAGGAGCUCUUUGACACAGCCCAGCAAGUGCGAGGCUUCAACUGUGGCCAAGAUAGGUUCCAGCGGACGAUGUGGGUGUUGCCUCAUGCCGGAGGUCCCUUCCUGGAAGGCCUGUCUUCAUGCGACUACACCGGAAGAGAACACUUCCCCGUCACGGUUCCCCCAGCAGGAGGGAAGGUCGGCUACACCCUAGAGGAGAUAACGGAAAAGCUGAAGGAGGACCAGAUCAAGAAGGAGAAGAUCAAGGAAGAGCGGAAGAGCGAGGUCAAGGAGGAGCCAGUUGUGAAGGAGGAGCAGAUGGAAGUGGUAAAGACAGAGAGCGAGGUGAAGAAGGAGGCAGGUGAGGAGGUGUGUGUGGGAAGUGUGGAGAAGGAGGAGGUGGAUGUGAAACCACCUCUGAAUGGCCAGGUGAAGGAAGAGGAUGAUUUUGAAGUGCCUGAUAUUCCAAAACGAACAGAAAAGUGUAAAGAAGAAAUUGAAAAACUUGAGGAGACAAAGACCGAUAACCUGAAUGGUGUGAAUGAAUCCAAAGCCAACGGAAACACGACCAGUGAAGUGUACUCUUCACUGAUCAACGCUGGACUUAAUCCCUACAUGGUCAAUGGCCUGAAGGAGGGCAACCCCUCGGGAAGCAGUGAAGGUAUUGACCAGAACCUUUUGGCGACGGGGCUCGGCCUCGUUCCCGGGCAGUACCUGAGACCUGAGCAUGUUGCCCAGCGGGAGAAGUUGAGCUUCAGCCUACUGCCGCGCAUACCCUGUGAUGUCUCGUCCCUGGAAGCACUGCCAACCAACCAGACUCCCCAGGCCACCCCUAGAGGAUCACCUCGGGAGGCCUCGCCCUUUUCAAGGUACAGCAGGCCACAAAGCCCUGCUGUAGGAGUCUCCCAGAAUUCAGGCAGUACCCCAGGCCCACAGAACACCCCCUUAGGGGCAAACACCCCUGGAGUACCCAGCACUCCAGUGGCAAUGAGCACCCCAGGAACGGUGACCACGCCGGGGUCUGUGAGCACCUCCAUCUGUAUGAACGCCACUCAGGGAAGUGUGUGCAGUACCCCAGGAACUCUGAGCAACUCAACAGUGUCGGGGACGCCCGUGUCAUCAAGCAUGCCAGGGAGUGUCCAGUGCAUGUCCCAUCGUGAAUUGCUCGAGAGAUUACACCAGUCAGCUGAGGCUCUGCCUGUCCCAGAUGAGUACAAAACCGGAUGGUGGCACGUGACCGAUGUGGAACAGUUGCGUGAGAUGAUUGGGGCAUUGAAUGAGAGAGGCGUGAGGGAACGAGAACUAAAACGCUUCAUUGAAAAGAAUUUCACCAUAGUGAAGAAUGCCCUCGCAAAUAUCGACCCAGAGACGGUGACCCUAGAGCCUGAUGCUGAGGAGGACGAGAAGGUUUUCUUUGAUGAGUAUGGAACCCCAGUGGCCGAUGAACCCGCACACUGGUCAACGGAGAUUGCACUCAAGGUGGACCUUCUUGUGCUGGAUACUGUUUAUGCGAUGGAGGAGAAGAUCACUAAUGCAUCUAUGCAGAAUAAGGUGCGAAGCUCGAGUUGGCGUCUGGGCGAAAAUGGAGAAAAGCACAUGGGUGAAUUUCGUGCAUCUUGCCUCACUCCCGUAGACGAGAAGGACAUACGUCUGAACCCCAUCCACGUGGGACGAGAGAGACUCCUGGCACUGGAGGAGGGCAUUGAAAGAAGAUAUCUCAAGCCACCUCUAGGAAUACCAGUGAACCCAAAGAACGAGACCACAUCAGAGUCAAAGGAGUCUCCGAAGGGCCUGCAGGUGUGGCGAGAGGCAGUGGCCAAGUCCGAAACAGCUGCGCAACUGGCAAUGUGCACCUAUAUGUUGGAGACAGCUGUUGCUUGGGACAAAAGCAUAAUGAAAGCAUACUGCCAGUUCUGCCACAGUGGAGAUCAUGAGGAGAAGCUGCUUCUCUGUGACGGCUGCGACAAGGGCUACCACACACACUGCUUUAAACCACCAAUGAAUAACAUUCCUGAGGGUGACUGGUACUGUUAUGAAUGCGUCAACAAAUUUAGUGAUAGUUCGCAACGGCACUGCCUGGUGUGUGGCGGGACGGAGGGCCGGACACUUGUCCACUGCUCGGUCUGUCCAAGAGCUUAUCACACCACCUGUAUCACUCCUAACCUUUCUAAGGUACCUCGCAACAAGUGGGUGUGUCCAGCCUGCACCAGCAAGAGUCCCCGAGGGCGAAGAGGGCGUGCAAAGAAAGUGAGUGAGAGCAACACCCAGGGGGCGGCCAACAACAGUACCACGCCCUUGGAUGUUUCGCAGGACGGCAUUGAUGAGGCUCAGCCCUCAACCCCGGUUUCGACAAGCAAAAAGGAGAGAGCCAACAAGAAGAAGGAGCAGAGAGACUUACAGGCGUGCAAAAGCAUAGUUCAAGAGCUGGAAGGUCACGAGGAUGCUUGGCCCUUCCUCCUCCCCGUCAACACCAGACAAUUCCCCACCUAUAAGAAGAUCAUCAAGAAACCCAUGGACCUCUCCGUCAUCAAAAAGAAAUUGGAAGAUAAUCUUUACAAGUCACGUGAGGAUUAUUGCGAAGACUUGCGGCUAAUGUUCAACAAUUGCGAAACGUUUAACGAAGACGAUUCUCCGGUGGGCAAGGCUGGCCAUAAUCUCCGUUCAUUCUUUGAAACCAAGUGGAAUGAACAUUUCCCCCCAACUUAAUUCCUCUUUUUUUUUCUUCUUUUUUUUUUUAAGAAUUUUUAAUUUAUACAAGUAUCGUCGUUUCUCUUAAUUCUGAGAAUUUUUAAAGAGGACAUAGUUCCAAGAGAGAAAGAGAGAGAGAGAGAGAAUUUGUUUCAAGAAGAAGUUCCUGAGGCUGCGUUAUGUUGAGUGGCAAGCUUAUCACAUUCUUCAGAUGAGGGACCUGAUAAUGAAUAAAAGAUGAUUGGAAGUGAUAAAGCUGUUCCGCUGUUUUAUUCAGAUGUUUCAAACUAAACUCGAAAUGGUUUGAGACGAUGUACAUUCGAGAAGGCGUGUUCACAGAAAUAAAAAAAACAAUAGUGAAGGGACCAGUUUGUCUUCAGAGGCGGGAGUGCGAAUCGUGGAGUGACUGUAAAUGAGGACUCUGGAGAGCAGACCUCGGACACGGCCCAAAGUUCCCGUGCGUUUUUCAGGGCGAGUGAGAGUCGGGUAUAGGCUCUAUAUUUUUCCUAUUCCAAAGACCCAAGUGUUUUGAGUGAGAAUGCAUGAACAAAAUAUUAAAAAAGAAUUGAGUAGAUAUAUAUAUGUCUUGAGGUGUUUAUGGCGGUGUAGAUAUACAGACUUUUUAAAAACUCAUAAUUAUGGACAAUUUUCCAAUAUAGAGCAGCUAUAUGCUUCUGCAGUGUAUUGAAGUACAGUUUUUACUACUAAGGUCUGGUAGAGAUUUUAUAUAUGGCAUUAAAGAAGUGCAUAAGUGAUCAAGCAUUUUACAUAAACCUUCCAAUGAAUAUGUAAGAUGUUAAUGCUAAUAGUUUAAAACAUGUACAGAAAAUUGGUUCACUAUAAGAAAGCUUCUGUUUGGAGGCAAUUACCAAGGAAUGUGGAAUCAUUUUGUUUCAAUUUCUGUUUCAAUGAACUUCAUCACAUUAAUUAUAUGGUGACAGAAGUAGAGAUUUGUGAACAGGGAAGAAAAAUACUGUGUUCUUUUGUUCUGAUUUAAUUAUUUCUGUUUAUUUGGAUAAUAAGUGGCCUUUGUUAGUAGCAGUGCAGUCAGCUUAGACAAAAAGGUUUGUCUAGCGUACAGUGGUGUCUGUGAAUGUUACAUUAUGUUGAAAUGUGUCUUUGUCCACUGUGAAUAACUAAAACAAACAAAAAGAAUUAGUGCUUCAGUGGGAUUUGUUUUGUAACUUACAGAAUACCUCAGAAGAAGAAAAAAAAAAAUUACUUAAAACACACACACACACAUACCAAAAGAAAAAGAAAAGAAAAGAAAAAAGAGUAAAGGAAACAGAUGGUGAAUAUAACGAGGGCCAAAAAAUGCUCCUGUAUGCUCCUGUGCAUCAGUUCCGAGGCGCUGUCACUCGUAUCAUGUAGCCUUUUUGCGAGUCUUGGCUGAAAGAGUGAGAGAAGGAGUACUGCAAUUCUUGUAAUGUGGAAAUGAUUCCGUUAUAGAUUAAAUAAAUCCUUUGGUGCUUACGAAGACAUGCCAUUCCUUCACAACGGCAUUUUUAAAGAUUUUUUUUUUUAUUAUGGUUAUUAUUAUUAUAUUAUCAUUAAUAUUUAUAAUCAUUAUUAUUAUCAAUUUUUUUUUUUGCUCUACAAAUAAAGCUUAAUCUAACCAAAGACAGUUUUAUACAUUAUGUGCUUGCCAUUUAAUAACUGCACCAACAGAGCCAUAUUUGAAAGUUUCUAAUGUUAAGAUCUGUGCAGAAAAAUCAUAAUGAUAAAUGUAUUGAUAAUGAAUGGCCUUUAUUUUUGGCAUAUAGGUUAGUAUCAUUCAGGGAUUUUUAACUUCCAAAAAGAAACGUGGUCAUUCAGAAAGUGCACAACACAGCAGGUAAGACUUCCUUGUCAUGUUGUUCAGGAAAAAAAGUGAAUAACUACAGACAGCUUUGAAUAUAAUUGCUAAACACAAGUUAUCCAGGUCCAGUCCAGCUACUUUAUAGAUUAUAAAACACAUUAGUAAGACAUAAAAAAAAGAGUUAAAAGAAAAACAAAAAGGAAAAAAACACAGAGCCCAAACGAGCACCAUCUGCCUUAUUCUAAGACUCCUGGGGCCGAAUUCUUUGUGAAUGUUGAGUUUGGAGUAAGAGACAUUCAGCCCAAAUUAUUUUGAGUAAAUGGCCAAACUGGAAGCUAGUGUUGUUACUUGGCAUUUUAGCACGAAUCUUCCUACAUCCGUGUCCAAUCAUAGCCCUUUGGUGCAUUAUUAUGUUAAAACGAUAUAGUAAUAAUUUUAUGACGUUUUGCAAAUGGCCAAAGUAUAUUAGGAUGGAGUGCUUCACAAUGAGAACUAAUGUCUUUAUAUGGUAGUCUUUGACUCUUCACCUUUUGUAUGAUAUAAAGAAACUGUGUACACAAAUCAUUGUAGGCGAGAAAUGGGAACGAUUCAAUGACUUUUGUUUGCAAAUCACCAAAGUUUGUAUUAUUUUGGUACUGGCAUGAUUUGAAUUUCCAAACUCUGCGCGAUCUUGCUGCACACCAUUGAUAAGCAUUUGGACGUGCUGUGAACAUCGCCAUCUUCAACCUCAAGGGUCGUCUUGGCUGGUGCGUGAAAAUGACCCUUAAGUCACUGGUGCAAAAAGGCCCUUUCCCUAGUUUCUCAUGGGUAUGAUUUGGCAGGGAUAAUAUGUACAUAUGUGCUGUGUAGUAGCCAAUGUAGAGAUUAAUAUUUAUUUACAUGUAGAGUAGAGGCUAUGCAGUGAAUCUGGAAAUACAAGAAAAAAUAUAGUCUUCUGUGUAAUUAGAAUAAUAUUUUUAGAUACUUUAUGGAUAAGAUAUUAUUUUCAUGAUGCAAGCCUGGGACCUUCAAUCCAGCCUUGACCGUCAGCAGCUCUGUAAAAUAUGUAUUAAGUGUACAGGCCAAUUUUUUAGUCAUUACCUGAGAUGAAAGAAGAAAAUGAAAAAAAAUAUUCAGCGUAUUGUAUUUUUUAUUUUUUUCUUAAUAGACCUGCUGUGAAUUUAUGUAAGUUUGGAUAUUAUGGCAGACUAUAGGAGGAGGGUAAUAAAGGUGGUGUUAAAUGUAUGUGUAUUUUUUUUUUAACUGCUUGAAUUACAAACAUAAUUUCUACAGUAAUUUGAAAGGCCAAUGGGGCAUUUUGGUGGCCAUAGAUUUUUAUUUAUGUAUUUAUUUUUUUCCAGUAUUUAUUUCUCUGGUCACUGAUAAUAUAGUUGUGAUAGCCGAGUGGUGACUAAAAAAUAUAGGCUCCUCAUAUCUUCCCUUUCCCUAUUUUAAUGUGUAAGAUGUGAUGUAUUUUGAAUGCCAAGACAAAUUAGGGUGUCAGUGGGUUUUUUUUUAUACUCAUCACAGAAAAGGUUCAUCACAUUGUCUUUCUAAACUUGUGAAUCCCAGUGACUGUAAGAUUUCUAUCUGCUUUUCAUUGUUAAACUAGUAAAGUUUAUCAUUAUGGAAAUACAAAUAAACAUUCGACAGUCGAAUGUAUUUUACUCUGGAAGAAUUUUUCUUGUGUCUUAGUUGUUCUUUAUUAUUGAAAGAUAGAAUACUAAUAUUCUGUCAAGUUAAGGUCACAGCUUAUUUUUUUCCUCAUAUUCUAUCACAAAAAAGAUACUAAGGUAGAUUAUUCUCAUUUUUCUUCAUUACUGAAUUUCCCAGUGAUGCACAAACUGUAAACCAAAACUGAAUUGAAGUUGAUUUUCAAUGUUUUAUUUCUCUUACUACUAUGCCACAUGUUUCCAGUUUUGUUUGAAAGAGUACUUGACUUCUGCAGUGACUGUAGAGUGUCUGACUGGUUAAGCAGCUUGUGUGAAGUCAGUCAGUACCUUAGGGACUUGAGCAGAUGUCAAGCACUCAAAAAAAAAAAAAAAAAAAAGGUAAAAGUUUAUAUGAUCACUGAAAUUAGUAACUUAUGAUGCAGAAACACAGACAUGGCUUGAGUGCAAAGUGUUAAGCAGGAUAAGCUAUUGAGAAGUAUAUUCCUUAUUUCCAAGGGCAAUUGUAACUAUUAUUUUUUACUAGAUCAUUAUUAAAUGUACAGUCAUUAGGUGCGUAUUUAUAUGCUAAGUUGUAUAUUAUCUUUUUUUCUGUUUAAAAUCCUUUUGCCCUGAGGUAAUAUGACUCAUUACUUAAGAAGGAAAGUCCAAAACUACAUAUAUAUUUCCUAGUUUGUGAUGGGGUUUAAAAGUGAAGCUUCAAACACAAAUAUUCAGAUUUUAUUUCUCACGCAACUGGCAAAACGGACUGUGAAUAUGAUGGACUGAUUCCAACAAGAUUGCCUCUGCUGUUGAUCAAUCACACUUUAGGGCUUCAUUCUCAUCCAUUUGGAGGACUGAAAGGAGGCCUGUUUUUUGGCCUUGUAUCGUUCAUUCUUUCAUUUGUUGUAUACAAACAGUUUCAACCUUUGUACAGCAUCUAGUAAUAAAGUACGUCCAAGAA